UUUUUUGCAGUCAAAUGCAUCUGAGAACCUUGCAUUUUCUAAUACUUAUUGGGAUAUUCAUAGGAGGUCAGACAUUGGGAUGUAUGAAAAAAGUUUGUGGAAACAAUGCAAAAAACGAUUUUCGUCGCUGCCCGGACACUGAUGGAUCCUGCGGUAAUUAUCAUACAGAGAGAACAUCAGGAGAAAUAAUCGAUGGAGUGGAUGUUCGAUGUCAUCUCGGAGAGCCAAUUUAUGCUCCAAUUGAAGGAGAAAUGUACUUUUGGAGACCAUAUGGAGGUAAACGUGAGAAAUCAUGCGCCGACCAAGGAGUGAGAAUUGAGGGAACCGGGCAGUGGCAGGGCUACGCAGUGCACAUAUCUUCUGUUAAAUUGUCCUUUUUCGGAGGGCAUGUUGAAGCUGGAGAUGAGAUUGGAGAAGCUUUGAAUCGAUAUUGUUUCAAUGACAGAGGACAAAAUGAUGUCGAGCCUCAUGUUGAGAUUCGGUUGUACAAAGAAGGAAGACUUAUCGAUCCGACUCAUCAUCUUCAAAAUUGCAUGUGUACUGGUCAGAUCUGUGAAUCAAACACUAGAAAUGUGCUCCUUGGUGACCCUUUUAAAACUGACAAACGUUACAACGGAGUUCGUGGUUGGGAUGUUGAAUGUCAAAUGAUUGAUGAUGAUGAUGAAGAUUCACCACGUGCACCAAUGAUCUAUUCACCAAUUGCUGGAGAAAUCGUUGGAAGAAUUCGUCUUUUCACUGACUCAAAUGGAGCUUACACCGGAUGUGAUAAUGAUGGAAUUUUCAUUGUUGGAAUUGAUGAUUGGCUCGGAUUUGAGGCAAGGCUGUACAAUGUGAAGGCUCGAGCAGACAUCGGAUUUGGAAGAAAACGAAUUAUUCAAGGAGAGCCGAUUGCAACUCGGCUGGCAUGUGAAAAUAGUCCGGACAGUGUGUUUGUAGAGAUUCGCUUCGAAGGCCGAGUAGUCAAUAUUACUGAUAUCAUAACCGCUGCCAACUGUAAAACUCCGAACUUUCCAGUAUUCUAAACAGUUCCUUACUAAUCUCUGAAAAUGUCUCACAAUUGCUUUCUGAAUUCUCUUGUUCUGUUAUUUCUUUGAUCGUCAUUACUUGCAAUUAGUUUAAAUAAAUUUGUUAAAAAUUUUAAAACAAAAA